AUGAGCUUCGUCCCCGUCAACCCGCGGCCCAUGCUGCAAGAACUCGUCAACAAGACCAUUCUUGUUCGACUGAAGUGGGGCGAGACCGAGUACAAAGGCACCCUAGUUGCGGUGGACAGCUACAUGAACCUGCAGCUGUCAGGUACGGAGGAGUACGUCUCAAGCAAGCUCACAGGCUCACUGGGCCAAGUAUUGAUUCGAUGCAACAACGUGUUAUGGGUGCGUGGUGCUGGUGAGGGAGAGCCAAAUGAUGCCACCAUGUCAGGCUAG